CAUGGCUAAAGAAAACUACCCACUUCACAGAAGAAGAAGGAAAACAAAGGCUUUAGUUAGACAGGCUUUUACCAUUGCAGAACCGAUUCAAUCAUGUCUAUGUUUGGAUUCUUUGUUGACUUGGAUGUCACAACUCUGCUGCUCUUUUUUGUAAUCUUCAUCCUCACUGCAGAUUAUGUAAAGAACCGUCGGUCGGGCAGCUUUCCUCCAGGACCCCGGGCAUUUCCUAUUGUGGGCAACAUGUUUACUUUGGAUCACAAAAGGACCCAUGAGAGCAUGACGAAGUUAGCAGAGAAAUAUGGAAACGUGUACAGCCUGAGAAUGGGCCAGUCAUGGAUGGUGGUGUUGAACAGGUUUGAGGUUCUGAAAGAAGCUCUGGUUACUCAGGGAGACAGUCUGGUGGAUCGCCCAGAGAUGCCUCUGCAGCAUGACGUAUCCCGGGGACUAGGUGUAGUUUUCAGUAGUGGAAACAUCUGGAAGCAGCACAGGCGUUUCGCACUUUCAACCCUCAGGAUUUUCGGAUUUGGCAAGAAGUCUCUUGAGCCCAUCGUCUUGGAUGAAUUUACAUAUUGUGCACAAUACUUCAAUAGCUUCAAAGGUAAACCAUUGAAUCCACACAUUGUCCUCAACAACGCCGUCUCCAACAUCAUCUGCCAUCUGGUUUUUGGACAUCGCUUUGAGUACGGUGAUGAGAAAUUUAUUAAACUGAUGGAGUGGUUCAGUGAAAGUCUAGAGAUUGAAGGCUCCAUCUGGGCACAGCUCUACAACUCGUUCCCUUGGCUGAUGAGGUGUCUGCCAGGGCCGCAUCAGACGGUCAAGCGGAUCUGGAAAGAUGUAAUGGACUUCAUAAGAGUAGAGAUUAAGAACCACAAACAGAACUGGGACCCCUCAGACCCAAGAGACUACAUCGACUGCUUCCUGAACGAGAUUCAGACGGUUAAAGGGCAGGCAGGAAAUAGUUUUGAUGAGGAAAACCUGCUAAUGUCUGUCUUGGAUCUGUUUGUGGCUGGAUCUGAGACCACUUCCACUACGUUGCGCUGGGCUUUCCUCUACAUGGCAAAGUACCCCGAGAUCCAGGCAAAGGUCCAGGAUGAGAUAGACGGAGUGAUUGGACAGUCCAGACAGCCGUCCAUGGAAGAUCGCGCAAACCUGCCCUACACUGAUGCCGUCAUACACGAGAUCCAGAGGAUUGGCAAUAUAGCUCCUCUCAGCUUGCCUCAUCUAACCAACAAGGAAAUUAAGUUGGGAGGCUACACAAUCCCAAAGGGUGUUACAAUAAUCCCCAAUCUGACCUCGGUGCUGUUUGACAAGAAUGAGUGGGAGACGCCCAACACCUUCAACCCAGGACACUUUCUGAACAAGGAGGGAAAGUUUGUGAAACGAGCUGCUUUCAUUCCUUUCUCUGCUGGUAAGCGGGUGUGUCUGGGGGAGAGUCUGGCCAGAAUGGAGCUUUACCUCCUCUUCACCUCUUUCAUGCAGCGCUUCACCUUCUCCAUGCCUCCCGGGGUGAAGCCUAAUAUGGGUUUUAACUUCGGCAUCACUCUAGCACCGGUUCAAUAUGAAAUCUGUGUAACCUCACGCUAAGAGACACCUUUUUUCCAUCAUAUCACUCAUGAUUAUGUCACUGGGACACAGUAGAGUAAUAGAUCAAACAUAUUUUUGGUUUUAAUAAUUGAUGAAAUUAUGCAAGUAUCUCCUUCCGGCUGCAAAAUGUGAAAUUUUACUUCUUUAGGAGUCAUUUCCUCUGCUUACGAUAAACCAUUUUCCAGGAACUCCGGUCAGUCCUGAUUAGCAAUCCCACUUGCUCUGCUAGAGGUGAUAGUGGGAUACCAUAAAGCCAGUCUUCCCACAGUCCAGACAUAAAAAAGUAGAGAAUCUAAAGUGGCAAAAAUGAGGGAACAAUUCACAUCAUAGCCUCUUCCUCUGUGCCGUCGGACAAUUUGCUGGGAGUACAUCUUUAAAAUAUAUACCUUUAGUAUUAUUUUUAAUGGCUUGUACUGUUUUUAAGAGCUUAGUUACAAUUGUAUGCUCUGCAGUUAUCAAAAGUUGUUUUUUUAUAAAUCGACAUUUCAAUAAAGUGUGUUUUACAUCUUAAA